AUGUCGUUUGGUGUCUCGUACCCAUCACCCCUUCAUUGGCCGCCUUAUAAUGAGUUCAGAAUCUUUAGACCACUUUACGACUUCAAUACGACUAUGGCGUCCUCAAAUCCCAAGGAAUCGACACGACGACCCCAUAAAAAGUCUAGGUAUGGGUGCAAAAGCUGCAAGACAAGGCGAUUAAAGUGCGAUGAAAUCAAACCGACAUGUGCAUAUUGUCUGAGGCAUAGCAUACAAUGUGAAUAUUUACUAUUACCUCUCAAUAAUCAUGCGCUUCAAGCACUUCCCACAAAGAAGUUACCUCUUCCCACCACAGCGACAGUCACGCGACGAAAUGCUCAUUUCUCGCGUCCCGUCCCACGCAAUCCCAUUUCUUUCUACUUCCCGACCUCCAUUUCCGCUACCGUCUCAGGAACAAAUGAAGCACUUGAGUUCCGCCUAUUUCAACACUUCAUAAAUAUCACCGAUGUUCCUCAAUUAUUUUCUGCAUGCAACAUAUCGCUAUGGAUCAUUCAACUCGCUUGUCGUCAUCGUUCAGUAAUGGAAGCUUUGUUGGGAGUUUCUGCAUUCCAUCUCCGGAGUUCAUUUCCAUCAUCCUCUUCUGCUUUUCCUACCAGUACAAUACCUGAAAGUAAAUCAGAGAGAGAAGUAAUAAAAGCCAGUCAUCAUUAUAUGGGAAUAGCUAUCGCAACACACCGGAAAUUAAUCAUUGAGGAAGGCGUUACAGAGAAGACAGCCGAUGCAGUUCUCGGGUCUUGUUUGUUCAUCACAUAUCAUGCUGCAGGAAGUCAAAAAUUCCUUAAUCAAGCUCGUAAUUCAGCGCUCUUUUCCAGCAGCAAUAUAGAAAGACACAGAGAAACAUGUAGAGUACCGCUCCAUUGGUUCGUCCCCAUGAAAAGUCUCAAGGAUAUGAUAAACUUAGCCGCAACAUAUGUUCAAAACGAAGGCAUGAGAACACUUUUAGAAUGGGAAGAAGCCAAUUUUAGGGUUAUUCUACAAAAUGAAACGUCGCCGGACCCUGAUAACGAUUAUUCUACAACGUUUAAUUUUCUCCUCGACGAUUUACCGACUGAUGCUCUGGAUUAUAAAAUCUAUGCUCUUUGUACCAAAUAUUUGAAUAUUCUUGGCGGAGGCGAAAUUACUAAGUUUAUUCUUAAAUUCCCGGCAUUGGUGCCCCCGAGAUUCGUAGAGUUGUUAAGGGAAAAAGAUAUGAGAAUGAUGGGUAUAGUGGGAUAUUUCUUGAUGUUAGUGAGGAGAGCAGAUCAUGAGAAACAUUUGUGGUGGAUGGCAGGAGCGGUAGAAAAUGAUUGGGAAGGGAUGAAAUAUGCAUAUGAAAGUGAUGAGGUAUGGAAUAAGAGGAUGGAGUGGGCUCGAAGAGAGAUUGAGGGUGGGGAAUUCAUAGACUUUGAGAUUGGUGAGGCGUUGGCUAGAGGCUAGGAAAUCCUUUAUACCUUUUACCAGCAUAACCGUUCCCUCAAGAAUCUCUAAGCUCUAAUUGCAACCUGCCUUGAUAUCGGACUACGCGGGCAAUAUUUCCCAAGACUGUAGGGGGAAGGGAGGAGGAGGGCAUAUUCGAGGAGAAGCUCAGGUGAUUUGCAAAUUGGAAGAUCUUCAAUAUGCUCGAAACUGCCAUGUCAGUACGAAGUACCAUAAGUAAUAGUGAAAGGGUUUCAAGGUACAGUCCACAGCUAUCAAUAAUUUGGUAGAGUUCGGAUCAUAUAAAACAACUCAAGCUCAAGUAAGCUGACCAAACAUUUCGGUGAUUUUUAUCAACGAGAAAUAAAGUUAUAUAAUCAAGAACAAUACACCACCAGUGGGUGCACGGAUUCGUGAGACUCGGUAAUCAAAGUACAAUUUCACACCAAAAAUC